AUGGCGCCUGAAAAGCAAAUUGUCAGUAAAAAAAGUAGGAAGCGAAAAAAAACUAAGAAGAAGAAACCUCAAUGUUUAAGAGAAUUAAGUAGUGAAGAUGAGCUCGUUAAGAAGAAACUAGCUGAGAAAUUUAAGAAGACUCAGCGGUCGACCGAUGAUUACAUUCCUUGUUUGAAAUUAAUUGGAAAAGAGCGAAUGGUUAUAAAAAAUGGCGACAAGCAUGAUGAUUUGUUGGAAAAAAACCAGAAAGUAUCAUUAAACCGUUUGAUUCAAGUUGAGUUCAAGGACACACAUGUGAGUACUCGUUGGAAGUGUGCACUCUGUCAACAGCGUACCUUGCGCUCAGUUUUAGGAGACUUAUUUGGUCCGUAUUUCGUACAUCUGACAGAUACUAAUUGGCCUACUCAUUUGGCUAAAAAACCAUCAAAAAUGCAUGAAAAAACCCAAAUAUUCUGCGAUUUAUGGUUACAUGGUCCAUGCGCCCUUACCGCACCUGACAUAUAUUUAGUUGGCAACCAGCUUGAAGGUCUAGAAACUAAUAUACAUAAAUUUUGGACUCAGCACUGUACGGUAUGUUCCAAAGAAGGUGCUGCAAUGGAAGAUCAUGGCAAGUAUUACCAUUACCCAUGCGCUCUGCAAAAAGGUUUUUAUUGUUUAAUGUGUAUUUUUAAUGUAUAUUAUAUGUCUUACAGCAUCAAGUUGGAUAAAUUUUAG